AUGUCCACACCGACGUACACGCCUCUACCUCCCAUAGUCCCCUACACCGCCUUUCCGCAACCAAUCACUGCGCUUUCCUUCGAUCCCGUCUCCGACACUCUCUGGACAGGCAAUAAUGCGGGUACAAUCGCAGCGUACUAUUCGGCACAUGGCCUGCGCGGAGUGAGCUUCAAAGUUGGCGGGAACCUCGCGGUCAAGAAACUGGUCGCGGACGAGAGCGUUGUAAAGGCUUGCGCUGUCAGUGGCGAAGGAGUCGGCGCUUGGAGCAAGGGAGGUGUAAACAAGUGGUAUUACAGAACACCUCUGUCUGUCACGACCUUCUCGCAUACCACCCAGUCAAACUUGCUGGCAGCGGCGACGCCCACACCUGAACUCGUACUGUUGAACUCCCUCACAGGCACGUUAACCCGGACGACCUCCUUAUCUUCCGUUGCGAACCAGCUGCAUUUCUCGUCGUCCUCUCUACUUCUUUCCGGCGGGUCCGAUGGAUUUCUGCGCCUCCACGAUCCUCGUACAGGCAUGCGUCGUGAAGCCGGCUCUGAACAUGCUGUUCGGGCUCAUCAAUCGGAGAUCCAGGGUUUGACAUCGUCCGGGCAUGUCGCCUACACUAUCGGCUGGGGACUACGUCAAGGUCGCCCUGUACCAGACCAGCUUGUCAAACUGUACGACCUUCGCACGAUGCGGGCGCUCGCACCCCUACAAUUUGCCAUGGGCCCCGCGUUCAUCUCGCUUCUUCCACGACGGUCAAACUCGCUCGUCGUGUCAUCCAAUCAAGGACAUGUCAAUAUAUUCGAUACUUCCAACCCAGCCAGUGUCGAGUUCUACCAAGUUGACUCGCCCGCUUUCAUAUCAAGCGCUGCGGUAUCCCCCACGGGCGCGUUCAUGGCUUUCGGAGACGCGGAUGGCGCUGUGCACUUGCUCAGUUGUGCAGAUGCCUCUGUGCCGCUCAACGGAUUCGAAGGUCAACCGGUAGAAUGGGCUGAUUCGCCCGAGCCUCUCCCCGAAAUUGCAUGGGAUGAUCAAACGCCUCUGAAUUCCGUGGGCUUGCCGCAUUACAACCAGAUGUUGCUCAGCGCCUGGCCUGCGCAUCUCAAGAGCCGGCCCAGUCGCCCGCCUCCAAAGAUCCCUGAGUCCAUCCUCAGGACGGCCAAGAUGAGCGACGGAAUCAUGUACGCGCCUCUACCGCGGGAGCUGCGUGGGAUGCGGAAUGUGGUGGUGGACAGGGAGGAGGAAAAGGGGAGGUUCAGGUCCACGGCCGGCAAGAAGAAGUCUGCGCGGGAGAGGGAACGUGAAAGCUUUGACGAUGGUGAUUCGUCAAAGGUCGUAUCUGCGGAUGGCGUACCGUCCAAGUACCGCCGUGUCGAGAUCGAGUACUCUCGUUUCGGCGUCGAAGACUUCGACUUCGGUUUCUACAAUCGGACGUCCUAUAGCGGGCUCGAAACGCAUAUCUUGAACUCUUACACCAAUGCGCUCCUUCAGACCUUACACUACACUCCACCAUUGCGUGCGCUUGGGAAGAGUCAUAUCGCCACCGACUGCGCGAGGGAGUGGUGUCUACUUUGCGAGUUAGGGUUCGUUUGCAGGAUGUUGGAGGAUGCGGGAGGGAGGAACUGUCAGAGUUCGAACUUCUGUCGAACGGCAGGCGGACUAGCUCAAGCUGCGAACGCGCUCGAGCUGGUAGAUUACGGCACCGGUAGCGGGCCCGGGAUGGACUACGCGGAUAUGAUACAAUCGUUUCACCGGUUCCUGGUCGAUCAUCUCGCCAUCGAGGGCAACGCAGCGCCGCACAACCCCAUCCUCAUCUCUCGGCCUACAUCGUUAGAGCAUACAACUCCGUCGGCGCAUGUGCAGGCGACGUCUGCCUCGUCAGCCGCUGUGAACGCGCCGUCCGCUGCUGUGUUGGCGAUGGCGGCACCGCCACCUUCGCCACACGGCGAACCCUCCGCAUCAUCUGCGCCCUCGCCUAUCACCCAGCUACUUGGUCUGGGAGGCCACACAGUAUCAACAUGUGCACAAUGCGGCGCCCGCUCUUCUCGCCCGUCCUCAGCCCACAUCCUCGACCUUAUCUACCCUCGCGCUGGCGGGCCCGUGACAUCUACUUCACCGUCGACACUAGAUGAGAUACUUGAAACGUCUCUGGCGCGCGAGAUCACACAUCGGGCGGCAUGUGCCAUGUGCAGGAGUGGCGCGAUGCACACAAGCCGGAGAGAGGUGAAAGCGGAUGAGUUGCCGCCUGUAUUGGCCGUCAAUGCAAACGCUAGUGGAGAGGAUGCCGCAGAAGCUUGGGCCGAUCGUGGCAGAGGGAAGGCACUAUUACCGGCGGGAGGACGAGUGACGGUCCGAGGCACUACAGGAGGGGUAGACGAAGAAGUCGAAUAUGAGCUUCGUGCGAUGGUUGUCAAGAUCGCUCCAGGACCUGGCCGUACACCCCACCUCGUCUCCUUUGCCCGCGUCUCUCCCAAUAGCGACGAAGAAUGGUAUCUCUUCAACGACUUCCUGGUGCAGCCCGUCACCGAGGCAGAGGUGCUGAGCUUCCCUGCUCCAGGCGCCGGACGAUGGAAGGUUCCUGCGAUAUUGUACUUCGAAAGAGUCGAUUGUAAGGAAAGGGUCGAUUAUGGGGCUAUGUCGGGGAAGGAGGAAGGGGAUGUCAUGGGGAUCCUGGGAAGGGAUACCAACAUAGCUGUGAAUCGCGACCCUGCACUCAUCCAACAUGUCCCUCUCGCUCCGUCAGAGCGCCCUACACCCGGUACCGUCAUCGCCAUCGACGCCGAGUUUGUACAGAUGCAGGCAGAGGAAGCCGAGUUCCGAAGCGACGGAACGCGCACGGUACUUCGACCAGCUCGACUCGGCCUCGCGCGUACGAGCGAAGCCGUCGUCGACUACUUGACGGAGUUCUCCGGCGUCAGCUUUGGCGACCUCGACCCGACUGUGAGCCGAUACACCCUCACACCUCUCAAAGUUGUGUACAAGAAGCUGCGCGCACUUGUGGACUGCGGUUGUAUCUUCAUUGGUCACGGACUGUCGAAGGACUUCCGUAUCAUCAAUAUCUUCGUCCCGCCAGAUCAAGUCAUCGACACGGUAGACGUCUAUUUCAUACGCGAGCGCCAACGGCGACUCAGCUUGCGCUUCUUGGCGUGGACUGUGCUCCAUGAACGUAUUCAGGCGCAUACUCAUGAUAGUAUCGAAGACGCGCGGACAGCAUUGCGCCUCUGGAAAGCGUUUCAAGACCUCGAAGCGCAGGGUCCUGGAGCAUUCGACGUACGCCUUGAGGAGGUGUACAAAGAAGGCCGAGAACUCGGAUGGAAGCCACCACCUGAUCCAGAUGCUGAACCCGCUCCCUCGACGGCACCGGUUGCACCAUCAACAGCUCCUUCACCAUUCAGCGGUCUACUGCCCGCGUUCGGCGCACCGGUGUCACAAAACCCCGGCUUGUUCGGUCAGCCUGUACAGAUGGUGGGCGGACAGCUGCAGAUGGCGGGAUCGAUGAUGGGCAUGGGCAUACCGACAUUCUUUCAGCCGCCGCCCCCGUCUUCGAGACAGGGAGGCAGAGGGCGUUGGGGACAGUAA